CGGGUCUCAUACAUAUAAGGUAAAAAUAAUGCUACUAUUCCUUUUCUACAGAUUUCCAUACUUCCAUUAUUAUUGUCGCCUCUUAUUUUCCAUUCCCUCCCAAAAUAAACCCUUCAAAUUCAUCAAAAAACCCUCUUCAAAUUUUCAAUUUCACCACUAAUUUUCUACAGAUUGCCGAACGACAUUCAUCUCUUCUAUUUUUCAUCAAAAUCCCAAAUGAACAUUGGAUUUCUGGGUUACUGCGGCCACUGAUAUUGCUAGUUGAGUAGCAGCGUGCCCAUCUUUGGGUUUUCUUCGAAAUUACAAAAAAAAAGGAACGAAAGAGCAGCUCCUCCAUGGCUCCUCCACAACUCCUACACGGCUCCUCCACGGCUCCACCGCAAACUUAAAGGUUGAUGGCUAGAAAGAGAAAACGUGUACGCCUAUCCAAUGAAGGUGACACACUACAUCCUGAGGAUUCUGCGAAAAUAAGGCAUGAGGAUGAGAGGGGUCGUACUGUACUUGCUAUGGUGGGGAAGGCGAUCCAAGAAGGCACCAAGAUUCGUUUGGAAUGGCAUCCUAUUAAAAGAAUUCCAGUAGGAGAGCACAAGUCUCAUUUCUCCACCUACAUUGGUGUUGUUGCCCGUGAAAGAGUAACGAUUACUUAUAAGGAGUGGUCUGACCUUCCAAAUGGAGUCUUAGAUGAAGUCUACAAUGCUAUCACACAAUGCAGAAGGGAUUUUAUGUCAUCGAGAAUCGCUGAAAUUGGAUACUGACACAAGCUUCUAAGCGAUGGAAGCUUUCAAGACUAGGCUAAGACUUGAAUGGAUGUAUCCAGAAGAUGGAGUUGUCAGACAACAACCCCCAUGGAAAUAUCCUUUCAUAAAAGAUACAGAUUGGGAGAUGUUCGCCAAAUAUUGUACUUCAAAAGAGUUUCAGGAAUUGAGUGAAAAAAAUCGUGUGAGGGCAAAGAAGAAGACCUUAAAGUAUCGAGGAGGCCGACUUGGGUAUCAAUAUUUUGAAGAACAAAUAGAAAAAGAACUUGAAAAACAGGGAGUCCAUGUGUCACAAGUGCCUCGACACUUGACUUGGAUCAAAGCUGACUCUCAGGUCAAAGAUGGAAUCAUUUUUUUUUAUAAUCCAGUCGAUAGGGAAAUCCAUGAAGCUAUAAUUGCAGUGGAGGCUCAAGCUCAAAGAGGAGAAUUCGUGUGCAAUGGUCGGGAUGACAUAUUAGCAAGAGCAUUGAAUAAGCGUGAGCAUGGUGGUUCAGUGAGGGCAUUUGGAUCAGGUAUCACAAUUAAGGAAUAUUUUGGCUUUAACAAACCAACUGCACCAAGCCAAUUGUAUGCAAAAAUCGACAUGAUGCAAUCAGAGAUGGGAACUAUGAAAAAUAAUCAGAAUUUAUUAUUGUCUUUCAUCAUGUCAUGCUUAAAUCAGGAGCAAUUGAAAUCAUUCAUGGCCAUCUUUGGUCAAUCAAAUGCUUUUGGUCAAUUUGGCAGUUUGGGUGGGCUGGUUGGUCAAUUUGGCAAUGGUGGUCGUCAGCCUGCUUCUGGUGGUCAGUCUAUAUUUGGUGGGCUGGUUGGCCAAUUUGGCAAUGGUGGUAGUCAGCCUGCUACUGGUGGUCAGUCUAGUUCUGGUGGUCAGUCAGGUCAUGGUCAACAGGUUGGUUCUUCUGGUCAGACUAGUUUUGGUGGUCAGAGUGGUUUUGGUUUUGAUGGUUAAGUUGAAUUCGGUGCUUUUGGUGGUCUUGAUGGUAAUAGGUUAGGUUUUACCAAAUUAAAUAAUUUUGUUGACCAUGGAAUGCUUAACAUUCCACUUACACAACUGCUAACUAGAAGGGUUGAGCGACAACAAAGUGAAGGUCAUCAAUUGUUGGAGUCUCAAUUUCAGGAUGUUGCUAAUGUUUCACGUGGUCAUGAGGCUCAAAUAAGUCCUCCCGUGAAACAGGAUCAUCUUUAAAGCUCUGAGGCUAAAAUGUACCAUGUUUCUUGGCCUCAAACAGAGCAAAUUAAUCAACCUGACCAUGCACUUUAGAAUAAUCAUGAUGAUAUCUCAACUGAUCUUGGCCUCAAACAGAGCAAUAUCACUUUUCCUGAGGGCUGGAGUGAUUGUCAACUCGCCAUUGAGGACGACGAUAAAGGACAUGUAAUUGUUGCUAAAGGGAAAGGCUAUCAAGAGAAGGCAGAAGAAGUCAUCAGAAAUCAUGUCCAAUCGCUACCCCCUGGUCACCGUCGAGUCUCUAUUGUAGAAGGCUGAUGUGCACCUGGAAAAAGACGUGACUACUCCAUCCCCAUGAUCGGCAUCAUCCCAAACAUCAACCACUGACCUGCAUCUUUUCGGUGCUAAAGAUUGUGAAAAAGUGACUACUAAUUGGUUACAGUCGUUAAAAACUCAUGCUUUGGGAAUGAAAGAGGAGUGAAUCCAUCUCCUUAAGUUUCCAAAAAACUGUAUUUCUGACUGAACAUGUGGUUAAUGUUACUCUUGACUACGAAGAUUUGCUUAGUUGGUGUUUCUAGAAAGAGUUCGGAGCUGCUCACUUGAAUAUUUUCAUGAAGUACUUGAAAAUAACGAUGUCAAGAAGAAGGAAUUUCGGGUAUGUAUGGAUUUUGAGAUUCCGUUGUUCUAUCCCCAAUGAAUCCAACAAUAGAAGAGGAAAACCCGUCUACAUACUUAGCUCGUGUGUUUGGGUGCAGUGAGGGAAAGAAUCGUAAUCAAUUAUUCUUUGCACCUUAUAAUGAAAAUCGGAAUUGGAUGUUAGCUGUGAUUAGCCCUUGAAAUGGGAUAGUCUAUUGGUUGGACCCAGGUGGAGCAGAAAGCAUACUUGAGUUUGCUAAAACAGUCAUCAAUGAGGGAAUCAAACAAUUUAGCGCUGUUGUAGACACCCAUUUGUGUCUCCCCAAAACCAAAUCCAGUGAUGAGUACCUUUCACGUCGAAUCAUAAUCGAAUGAAGUGAAAGUGUGAAAAGUUUAGUGUUGCGGA